AAAUGUACUGUCAGUCACCCUACACAUCGAUGAAAGCGUGUUCUGAGAGAAUAUGUAGCGUUUCAGUCACGCUACACAUCGCAUCACUCUUCCUUUAAACCCUUCAAACUUUUUGUAGUUUUAUCAAAUCCAGUCGAGACUCCACACUGAGUUCUGGCACUUUAGUUCAUGGCGUCUUCGUCCUCAUCUAACACAGGUUCUUUCAAUGAUAAUGAAAGGGAACCGUUCACUGUAUCAAAAAAACUAUAUGAUGCAUUCAUCAAUCCUACUUUCAAGCUUUCAUUUUUCUUAUAUAAUAUUAUCAAAUCCAUUUGUCUCUGUAUUUUCCAUCCAUCUUUGAUAUUUGAGUCUAUGGUAUCUUCUUCCCCAUCAAAAAAAUUAUAUGAUGCAUUCCUCAAUCACCGAGGCCCUGACGUGAAAGAAACUGUGGCUUUUGCACUUUAUGAUUCACUCGAGGAAUUGGGUUUUUGGACAUUUCUUGACGAUCAAGAAUUACAGUUGGGAGAUGAGAUUGAGCCUGCCAUACAAAAUGCCAUAUACUCUUCCUCUGUGCAAAUCGCCAUCUUUUCACCACGAUAUGCGGAAUCCCCUUGGUGUCUAAACGAGCUGGUUGACAUGCUGAAAACUAAGGCUCUGUUUAUUCCUGUAUUUUGCGAUGUGAAGCCUUCUGAUCUUCGAUUCCCUCACAAGGGAGUUUAUGCAGCUGCAUUCGCUGAACAUGAAAGAAAGGGGAGAUAUAGCAAGAAGAAGCUUCAACAGUGGAAAGGAGCCCUCCGGUCUUCUUCAUACAUCUCUGGCCACGAAUUCAGCACAUCUAAUGAUAAUGUUGAGGAGCUAUGUACAAAGAUUACCUUGGCUGUGCAACAAAAGAUUGGAAAGACAUCAAAAGGCUUUCAAAGAUAUGCGGAAGUCGCAAAACGUCAGAUAAGUUAUAAUGUAGAAGGAGCAGCGUCAACAAGUGCAUCUGUGCAGGUGAAGAAAUCGAGUCUUCUGCCCAGAGAUUCACAUCCAGUUGGCCUUGAUUCCAAAGUUGAAGACAUGGUAGGCUUGUUGGAAGAUCCAAAAUUUCAAGUUAUAGCCGUCGUUGGGAUGGGCGGCUCGGGGAAGACAUUUCUUCUCCAGAAUGUGUACAAGAAAAUCAAAUCCAGUUUUAACAGAUCUAUUUGGCUUUCUAUAUCUAAAUCUUAUUCUGUCAAGAAUUUGCAAAAUGAUAUAGCCUUUCAAAUAGGUUUAGAAAGUAAAAUUGUGGAUGUUGCCGUAUCUGAAGAGACAGCAGCUGAAUUGAUUCAUGGCUGUCUGGAAGGUAAAAGAUAUCUUAUUGUGCUGGAUGAUCUGUGGACGUUAUCCACAGAAGAUAAUCUCUUUGAUAAACUUGGUCUGCCAGCUGAGAAAGACAGUAAAGUUGUGGUGACCACAAGAAAUAGAAAGGUUGCUGAAAAUUCGAGUGCUGGAAUUUAUGAGAUGAAAAAUUUGUCAGAUGAAGACAGUUGGAAUCUGUUUUGUUUCUAUGCAUUUCCCGAUUGUAAAGAAAAUAGAGCGCCAUCGCACUUGGAAGAGGUGGGUCGUGAGAUUGUGAAGGAAUGUGGAAAUUUGCCAUUGGCUAUCAAAACGACAGCAGCAUCUCUGGCCAGUAACAGAUCUCUCAGCAAAUGGGAAUACAAGUGCCAUCAGCUCAAGAAGCCAGUUAUUCCCUUUGGUGACCAUGAUCCUGUCAUGGAUAUACUAAAAUUGAGUUAUGAUUCUUUGCCACCACAUCUUAGAGCCUGUUUUGCUUAUUUUUCUUUCUUCCCUGAGGAUGAGAAGAUAAACCCUGAAUAUCUGGUAAAUCUAUGGAUAGGCGAGGGAUUAAUUCCAGCAGGAGAGGAGCAGUGGGAUAUGGCCUGGGAUUGGAUAGAUCGACUUGUCCAGCUGUGUCUGCUUCAGCUAUGGGAGGUUGAAAAUGCCCUAGGGGAAGACAAAUAUUGUACGAUUCAUGAUCUGUUGCAUGAUUUGGCCAUACACAUAUCAAGAGAAAACAAAUGUGUUUUUUCUGUUGAGGAAAUCUCUACACAUACAAGUGGUGUCUCUGGCUGGUGUCGGAUUUUACUAGCCAAGAAAGAUAUAAAUGAUAAUGACCUCUCACACAGCCGUCCUGCUUAUCUCCGUACGCUCACACUGUCUCAGAAUAUGGAGAUUACAAUCAUUCCGGCAGACUUGUUUACCGCAAUGAGAGGACUGCGCGUUCUGGAUUUAAGCUCCACCCGCAUCUCUGCAUUGCCUUCGUCUGUUGGAAAGAUGAUACUUCUCAAGGUCUUAAAUUUAAUGGAUACAAAUAUAGAGGAGGUACCGGAGUUUGUGAGAAAUCUGAAAAGUCUCAUUUUUCUUGCUAUGCAUAAUAAAUGCGGGUCAUUACCAGAAUGGAUAUGUGAACUAGAAUGUCUUCAGCAUUUAGACUGCGGGAGUGUUAAUCGCUUGCCGAAAGGAGUAUCAAAGCUGGCAUCUUUGAGAACUCUGCGAUCAGGAUUGUUGGAUUUUUCCGCACAAGACGAUGAGAUCGCCAUGGGAGAGAACAAAUUCAUGAGGUUAGAGGAUUUGACCGAGUUGACUCAGCUUGAGGAACUACGGUUAAUGGUUUACAAUGAGAUGGAGUUGAAGAGCAUCCUUGCGCAGCCCAAGAUGCGUCGUCUGGCGAUCGCGCGUAUGGGUCCUCUGCAGUUUCCGGAGAAUAUGGCAGAAAUCAAACAUCUGGAAAGUCUUAUAACAUUCGGCUUCCCAGAGCCGAGUUGGAUAUCUGAUUCGACUACUCUGGGCGAAUUUCGGGUGCAGGGACUGCAGGGACUUUCGAAUAGCGUUUGGAGACUCCGCAGGGUUUCUACACCACCGCUUCUGGUCAAUAAGAGGAGUCCUCGGAAUUGAAGGAGGAAGUGAUGGCAUGUUUUGAGAAGUUCUGUCAAUUUUACAUCUGAAGAAAGUGGGAGAGGGAUUGGAGCAGUUGCAAAGACUGUAGGAGUGGGUCAGAGGAGGAAUGGAGGGAGAUGUUAAAGGGACGUGUCUAUUCUGGUUCUAAAACGGCAGUACGGAUUGACUAACAUGUCGUGUGUUUUACACCGUCAAUUUUGUAAUAAACGGCUGCGAUUGACUAACACAUCGCUAUCAUGCUGUACCGAAAGGUCCGUUGUGGAGCCAGAAUAGCCGUGGCUAUGUUAAAGACAGAGGGAGAUUAUUUUUAAAAAAUCAAAGCCAUCAAUCCCUAAGAAAUGACUAGUGAUUACUCUUUGAUAACCCUUCAUUUA